UUGUGUGAGACGUGCACAAAAACUUUGAGUUCUUUUUAAACUGCGAGGCUGACAGAAAUUAAAAAAGCUAAAAAGGCGGGCGGCAAUCAAUAUAGACAAGCCUUCCGACAACUUUUAUGACUUUUGAGAAACGAAAUGGUUCUGCAACAUGCCAAAUCAAAGAUUGUUUGAUUAGUUUCCUCAAAAUGUAAAAGGGAAAUAAAUCACCAAUUAGGAUGUCAUAUUGUGAUAAGCAAGUUACUUAGACUGGCACUCAGAAAUUCCUGUGCGUUGCAUAACUAGCGCCGAUCAUUCCGAUAUUUGAUGUCUGUAGAAGGGUUCUGAAUGGCGCUAUACGUAGCACCGCGCGUGUAACCGUUCUUGCAGCGAACAACCGCACGUGAUAAAUUGGCUCGCGAGGAAUAUCGUAAUUAGCGAUAUAGGUGUAGUGUCCUAUCCUUGUACAAAACAAUACACACCAACUGUGUUUUAUGGCCAGCGAUGCCAUGAAUGAGUAGCUAAUUCAGACAAGAAGUUAAAGGAUUCGGACAGCCAGACCUAAUGACAACGAACCGCCCAGUGUCGCCUUAAAAGAUACGUACAAUCAGACAUUGAUUUUAACUUGGCUUCUAUUUGAGCCGCGCUCGGAGAUAACCUUGGUGGUGCGCUACUGAGAUAGAUUGUUCCGGGAUGGAGCCGUGGUGCCUGCUAGUGGCGCUGAUGUCACUCGAUGUGGGUGGCGCUGUCACUAUGAAGGAACCUGCCGAGAAAAAACUCCACGAUCACCUGUUGGGGGAGAGAUACAGCAAUCUGAUCCGUCCCACCGGAAACAGCUCUGUGAAGCUGACCGUGAAACUCGGGCUCCGGCUGUCCCAGCUACUGGAGAUCGAUGAGAAGAAUCAAAUCAUGACAACGAGUGUUUGGCUGCGACAGGAAUGGUUCGACCUCAGACUGAGAUGGGAUCCCAGGUCUUACGGGGGAAUCCAGGUCACCCACAUCCCGUCAGAGAGCCUCUGGAGACCAGAUAUAGUACUCUAUAACAAUGCAGACGGAGCGUUUGAGAUCACACUUCUAACUAAGGCGACUGUUUACUACACGGGACGAAUAGUGUGGGAACCGCCAGCCAUUUAUAAAAGCUAUUGCCCCAUUGACGUGGAGUUCUUUCCCUUUGAUAUGCAGGAAUGCUUCAUGAAAUUCAGUUCCUGGACGUACGACGGUUUUGAAAUAGAUCUGCAGCACGUGUGUGACUCGCAGGCGGUGUUCUACGAGGACACAAAGGUCAAAAUCAUUGACCGUGGUAUUGACCUCAAAGACUUCUACCAGAACGUGGAGUGGGACGUCAUCAACGUCACGGCCCGCCGGAUGGAGAAGUUCUACCCCUGCUGCCCCCAGCCCUACCCCGACAUCAUGUUCAACAUCACGCUCCGCCGGCGGACGCUGUUCUACUCCCUGAAUCUGAUCAUGCCUUGCCUGACCAUCUCAUGUCUGACAGUGCUGGUGUUCUACCUGCCCUCAGACAGCGGGGAGAAGAUUACACUGUCCAUCUCUAUCCUCCUGGCCCUCACUGUGUUCUUCCUCCUACUGUCAGACAUCAGUCCUCCGACGUCCUUCGUCAUCCCGUUAAUCAGUAAAUACCUGCUGUUCACAAUGAUUGUGGUGACACUGUCCAUUUUCCUGGCGGUAUACACACUGGGCAUUCAUUUUCGGAGACCCUCCACACAUAAGAUGAGUCCGUGGGUCAAGCGAGUUUUUACGGAAAUUCUUCCGAAAAUAUUGUUGAUGAAAAGGCCAGACCUGAAUUGGAAAUCGAAUGACAAUAAAUACCGGGCGGUGAACGGUAUAGAGAUGCAAGACGUUCCGGACAACCAUGACAUCACCACGAGGGUGGGGUGGAACGCGGGCUCCACGGAGGGGCUGCGCGGGCGGGCGCCGUCCAGGGACUCCAUAGAAAUCAAGAGGUAUCCGAGGGAGGUCAUUGAGGCCAUAGAGAGGGUCAAGUUCGUGGCGGACCACUUGCGAGAUGCGGACGCGGAUAAUAUGGAGGAGAGAGAUUGGAAGUACGUUGCUAUGGUGAUGGACCGUUUAUUUUUGUACAUUUUUACGACAGCGUGUGUUUGUGGUACCCUUAGUAUAUUUUUGUAUGCGCCAUCUUUGUACGACCCCCGGGGUCCCCUCAGUCUGGACGAUCAGCUCAACUGUACAUACUAAAUGUU